ACCGAAACUACGAUAUGAACGCUACAGUAACGUUAUCUUACACGUACCUACAUAAAAUUCAUUUAUUUCCUUGUGGGUUGGUAUGGAAAGCGUAACUGAGAGAUCGACUUCAACAGUGAUUUUUAUUUUGUUGUGGCUGACGUUGCUAAUUCAACUUAACGUAACUGCUCAGAUUCAAACUAACGUCGACGAUAUAGGGACCCAAAGCAGUUUUCUUCGUCAAACAUUUUCGAAUUCCACUACUCAAGACGGAGACGACGCGAGAACACGACCGACGUCGAUAACUCCAAUCGAAUACAGUACAAUAGUCACUCCAACACCGACUCCAAGAGAUGCUGAUAUAACUUCUGCAACUAUCACUUUAUCAACAAGAAUUACCAGCGAACCCACCACUCUAAGAUCCACAGAAACAUGUCCUAAAUUAAAAUUUGGAAACUACACUCUACCCGAAACACCAGUCGGAUCUUGGGCGACGCCAGAAGGCACGGUCUGUCUGAACAAAAAUGGAACACUCGUACAAAUUCACUGUUUGGACAACGGCGUAUGGAAUUUAUCCGAAGGAAUAACGUGUUACGAGAGAGAUACAUCAAGUUCUACCACUACUACUACUAUUACGACUAAUAUUACUACUCCUACCACAACACCUUCCCCUAAGCCAUCUGUAAAAACGUGUCCUAGAAAAAAAAUUGGAGAGUACACUCUACCAGAAACGACAGCAGGAUCAUGGGCAAUACCCGAAGGUGUGAUCUGCUUAAACGCAAAUUACACUCCAGUACGAGUACAAUGUCUGCGCACAGGUAGCUGGGACUUAAAUUCAAAAAUCGAAUGUCCUCAAGAAAAUAUAUCAGACACCACAAAGGAACUAUACGAGGUACUUGAUGAAUCUCCUGUGGCAGCACUAAGUACGACGAACACCAUCAUUAAAGAAAAAAAAUCCGAACUGAAAGAAAUAGACAUACAUUUUAUAUCACAGGUACUGAGUAAGGCAAGCGAGGACGGAGAUGUAGCUACCAACCCUGAGACGUUCAUAGGAACCAUCGACGAAAUUAUGAGUGUAAACAAAAGUACACUUGCAUCGUCACAACUACUUCUUAACGCCACCGACACGAUCUUGUAUAGUUUAGACCAAAUGCUGCUAAAGAGUGGAAACAUCUCUUUUCAGGUAUCUAAUUUAACUCUACGCACCAUCGAUAACAAUUCCAGGAAAAUAUACGGUGCAAUGAUCACAGAAAACGAAGAAGGUCGUAACUUUACUUUAGUCAAAGACAAUUACGAAGAGACGCUAACAAACACAGAUUUUGAUAUUGCGUUUGUAAUACCGCCAGAAACUACAAACGGCGCGGAAUUCUACUUCAUCACAAUUUUUUAUAACGAUAAUCUCUUUCAACAAAAAAAUCCCGAAACUGUCGACAGCAGGAUUAUCAGCAUCCUGUUUCCAACCGACGUUGUCCCUGAAAACAUCAAAAUCUACUACAAACAGUUGCAAAACACUUCUUUACAACGACAGUGUGACCACUGGAAAUACGGCAUCGAAAAGUAUGAAGCCAUUUCAGGAAGAUGGAGUUCCGACGAUGACGCACAAAUUUUCAAAGAAGGUUACUACUUGUGCGAGGUUAAUCACACCACUCAUUUCGGAAUGUUAGUGUCCGGGUCGUUAUCUGAUAACUUAGUUUUAGAUCUAAUUACCAUUUUUGGAUCAGUCUUAUCUCUAUUUGCAAUUAUAAUAAUUUUUUUGACCGCGUUAAUAUUCAAACAAUGGAGAAAUAAGACAACCAGCAAAAUUCUCUUGAAUGUGUCAUUAUGUUUGCUUCUUCUUAUAGUUCUGUUCAUCAUUGCUGAUAAGGUUAAUCGCGGUCCGCUUUGCGUAGUAGUGGGAAUUCUAUUGCACUAUAUGGUUUUAGCCCAGUUCUGCUGGUCUUUGACCAUUUCGUACUCUAGUUAUCGAAAGUUUCAUCUGGUUUCUAACGACCACAUUAAACACGUACUGGUGAAAUUUUGCGGGUUUUCAUGGGGAACACCUUUGAUUGCGGUUAUCGCAACUGUCGUAAUAAACAUCAAUACUUAUGAUAAAAGUGCUGUUGAAAAGGCGGAACAAAAUUCGUCUGAAAUUUGUUAUCCCAAAGAUGAUUUCUUAACACUGGGAGUGUGCGUGCCUAUGACCGUCAUUCUAACCGUCAACGCGGUUAUUUACAUUCUUAUAGCAAAGAAUUUACUUGUAACUAAGCUAGAUAUACGGAAACACCAAACCAAAAAAUCACUGUCGGUUCAAAAAUCCCUCAUUCUGUUAUUCUUCAUGAUGGGUAUGACUUGGACUUUUGGUAUCCUGGUGGCGUUCACCAAAAACACGAUCUUCCUCUACCUAUUCUGUAGCACAGCUACUCUUCACGGUUUCGUCAUUUUCCUCUUUUACAUUUUAGACUCGACAGAGAUUAAACAAAUGUGGAAGAAAAAAUUAAAACAAGUAAUAACGAAAUCAAAACGAGGCGAAAAAAUAAAAUACCGCCAAAACAACAGGAUAGAAGAAAAUAUGACCGAAUCUAUAUCCGGGUGAAAAAUACCUGUUUUCCUCUUCUUCAUCGCAGUCCCCAUUAGCGUAUACUUCUUCGGGAACUUUCAAAGUAUCUUUGCUUUCGGACAUGUUACAACACUUCGAACACAACUAUCAAUACUGAACGAAUUUACAGGAUGAAAAGAACACAUCACCGUUGUCCUUGUACGUAGGAACUCAAACAGGAUUAAGACCCUUAAUACCUUCUAAAUCUUGUUAUAAUGUGAUGGUCAUAGUAGGUAUUCCAAACAUGAUUAGACCUAACUUUGUUCCGCCUCGACCCAGCAACGACUAGUUAAUCAAAUGAGGCAAUUGAUGCUUUUAUGGAUUACGUAUUUACAUAACGUCCAGGAACGUGAAGUAAUUUAAUAUUUUAUCGAUCAUGCAAAUAAGCCUCUUUUAACAAGAUUAAAAAGGACGAAAUUUUAGUAUUAGCGCAUCGCACGUUAAUUGUUCAUUUUGUUGCAGCAAGAUAAAUUAAUUAUUAUUUGUGAAAUAUACGGAUACUUGAAAAUAAUACAACAAGAAGUGCAACUUCGAGUAUAGCGAUAAGAAUCAAUGCAAGAUAAA